AUGCCUCUUGAAUUCGAUCCUUCUCGCUCGUACGAGCCAUUUCUUCGACUUCCAACGCCUCACGAGAACAUCAUUAUUACACCGCCUCGCAAGUCUGACGGUCCAAGGGUCGUGGAAUGCUUGAACGAUGCCAAAGUGUGUAAUACCCUGAAUGGGCCUCCGUUCCCCUAUACGUAUAAGGAUUUCGAAUUUUGGUACGAUAAAAUUGAAAAGGAUUGCAAAAAAGGAUUGCAAGAGCAUUUGGAGAUGACAGGGACUACUAAUGUUGGCGAAGGGACAGGUCAACGUAAGUGGACAGGCGCUGUACCUGUCCGGAGCAUCAGAGAGGUCGAUCCAGCAACCGGCGCGCAGGAGUUUAUUGGCGAUGUGGGGUUUGAUAGGCAAGGAUACCAAGGCGACACCUCGAUGACCCUGGAGCAACAAAAAGAACGAAGAGAGUUGAAUGAGAGCUACGAGGCCGGCGAUGAGCGUAUCGAGUGGGAUUUCGGAGACUUCCUUGCCUCGUCCUACCAUGGCCGCGGGAUCAUGACAGCCGCCGUGCACGCGAUCAUCGAAGACUACGCGGUGCCUCACAUGAAUGUGCGACGGAUACGAACUAGGGUCUUUGAGCGCAACAUCGCAAGCCGGCGGGUGUUUGCGAAAAACGGAUUCACCUUUCAGGGGCUCGGGCCCCAGCCGCUGAUAUUGCCGGAAGACCGAGGCGGCCACGAAGUCUUCCUAGGCACCAUGAUGUGGGAAAGAAAACCGCAAUAG